CUAACCAUUUUGGUCAGCAGCAGUUGUUUGCAACGAUCUGUGAAGGAGCAAUGUUGAAAUUCGUAGUGGUCUUGUCUUUUGUCGCUUGUGCUUUGGCUGGCACCAUACCCGAAGGUAUGGUCAGGCUUAGCGACGAUUUGAGUGGACGUAUUGUUGGUGGUACACCAACAACCAUCAGUUCAUUCCCAUGGCAGAUAUCGCUCCAACGUUCCGGUUCCCACUCAUGCGGUGGCUCCAUCUAUAGCAGCAACAUUAUUGUGACCGCUGCUCACUGUUUGCAAUCGGUUAGUGCUUCGAUUUUGAGAAUCCGAUCCGGAUCCACCUACUGGAACUCUGGUGGUGUUCUCGUCUCUGUCUCUACUUUCAAAACCCACGAAGGCUACAUCGCAUCAACUUACAGCAACGAUAUUGCCAUCAUCAAGCUAGCCUCCUCUCUGUCAUUCAGCUCGACCACUAGGGCUAUUGGUUUGGCUACCAUCACACCCCCCUCUGGCGCAUCUGCAGUAGUAUCCGGUUGGGGUACACUCUCAUCUGGCUCACGUAGUAUUCCCAGACAAUUGCAAUAUGUCGGCGUAGAUAUCAUCGAUCGCAGCAGAUGUGCCUCCAGCUCAUUCAGGUAUGGUUCUGAAGUUAAACCCGGCAUGGUCUGCGCUGCUGCCAUUGGUAAGGAUGCCUGCCAAGGCGAUUCCGG